CGCUUCGUGCCCCCCGCUGCACCCCUCCCCCGACCCCUUAGCCCUCCCCGAGUUCCCACUUUGUCCUCCGUUUCCCCUCUGCCCCGUUGCCCCCCCCCUUCCGUUCCCCCCAUCCCCAUGCCGGGUUCCGGUGCUCGCUGUGUUUCUGUGGGGCCCUACGGGGCUUGGAGGGGGGGGGCUGAGCGAAGGGCUGAGCCUGGUGCCCCCACAGCCCCCCUUCAAGGUUCUCCCUCUGCUUUUUCUCCUCGCCUUCAUGCUGGCUGCAGUGAGUUUUCAGGAUAGGUGCUGGCUCUCCAUCCCAGAGCCCUCGCAGGGCAGAGGGAGCACUGGAGAGAGAGGGGAACGAAGAAGAACGAGGGCAAGGAUAACGUGUUUUCUGUGGGGUUUUUGUUUCCGUGAGGGAACUGAUGGGAUGGCAGCUCCCAGAAACUGGCCUGAGGAGUCGGCAGCAGAUCGGAGAUCGGCGAUCGGUGCUGAAGGUCGGUGAGGAAUAAAACCACGCAGUGCCGGGAUGCAGAGCGGCGGAGAUGUGCUGGGUGACAGCAGCUGACAGCUCCAGCCUGCCCCACGCCAAGCCUUCCCCCACUAGAGGACUUUGCGAGAUGUGGAUGCAGCAGAGAGGUGUUGAAGGGCCGGAGCUCAGACAGGGUGACGUGGAGCUGCAGGGAAGGUCGGUAGGUUGUGGCUUGAUGCGAGAACCAAACAGGGGAGCCUCUGCAGCUGCGCAGGGAUGUGGCCCCAGGAGUCACUGUUUGACUCAGAGGGACUGGUGAGGUGAAUUCCGGUGUGGCAGAGCAGGAGAUUUCCAACAGCCUUUUUGUUGUAUGUGCUGCUGUGGUGCCAGGCUGGGUACCUGUCAGGCCUUGGAUGCAGAGGCUGUCAGCUGUUCUUGCCAGAGCGUGACGUCUUCCCGUGUUCACCUGCUGCUGAACCCAGUGCUCCGGAGUGGGAGUGGGUCUGUUGGGAUUGAUUCAGAGUCGCCCUGAUUUCUCACUACUGGGUGUGUAAUUCCUGCGUGCUCGGUGCUCGCACUCACUGACUGUAAGCAGGUGGCUGAAUUUUUGUGUUCCUUGGCAUCUGUUAGUUUUCAAAGUCUGAAACAGAUCGGUGGUUGUGUUCAGUUGCUGAUAGGGCUGUGACUCUCAAGGACCUUAAUGAAGACAUCUUCCCAUCCCUGAGCAGCAGAUGUCACAUGUCCUGAGUCUUCACUGCUCUCUGCCCUUCCAUCCGCUCCUGGGUACAAUCCCAAAGCUGAGAAAUCAACAUCUCUUAGUUUUAGGCUUUGUAGAUGUGUUUUUUUCCAAAGCUAUGUCUUUAAAAGCACUUGCUGGUCUCUGCCUUUUGGGAUGCACGUGCUUCCAUCUCCAGUGUCUGCUCUUUCAUCUCAGUGCUGUACAUUUGCUAGAAAAUGGGAACAAAUGGCAAAGAGGGACAAUUUGCAGAGGCCUUGCAAAGCGUGCGUCGGAACCCCUGAUGUCUGCUUGAAGUGUGCUGUGCAUUUUGGGAGCGGAAUUAUGAUCUAUAUUCAUUGAGGAGCACAAAGUGUGCCUUCUUCCUUCCCGUGACGUGUGGAAGAUGGGGCCGUUUCCCUCGUGCUCUCGGUGGCUCUGACACCUGGUCACCGUGAAGUCCCAGAGCAGACAGAGGGGCAGUGGCAGUGGGAUUUUCUCGCCUUCCGAAAACCCAAACAACCAGUUGCCUAAUGGGAUUACCUCUCCUGCUGGCAUCAUGGGGAGCUGCUGCAGUUGUCUGUGUGGAGACAACAUCCCAGACAACCACCCCACCAAAUUUAAGGUAACGAACGUGGACGAUGAAGGAAACGAGCUGGGAGCUGGGCUGAUGGAGCUGACGCAGACAGAGCUCAUCUUGCACACUCACAAGAGAGAUGCAGUCAGGUGGCCCUACCUCUGCCUGCGCCGCUACGGCUACGACUCCAACCUCUUCUCCUUCGAGAGCGGCCGUCGCUGCCACACGGGGCAGGGGAUUUUUGCCUUCAAAUGUUCCAGAGCGGAGGAGCUCUUCAAUCUGCUCCAGGACCUGAUGCAGUGUAACAGCAUCAACGUUGUGGAGGAGCCUGUUGUCAUCACCAGGAACAGUCACCCUACAGAGAGGGAGCACUCCCGCACCCCCCAGGCCCCCACCAGUCUGGGGUACAGCGUCCCAGGAUUUGCCAAUGGAUUCCACAGUUUCCCUGGAGAAAGCCUGUCAUACUUGGCAGCCCGCCACCCCUCCAUGAGCAGCCUGAGGCAUUCCUCUGUGGGUGAAGACUCCACUCAUGCCCUCAUUGGGCCUGACGAUCAGUCCCACACCUACGUGAACACAGCCAGUGGUGAUCAGGAGCUGAGGGGCCAACAUUGUAUGCACUCCUUGCCUGAAGUCCACCCUCCUUUCCCCCAUAGGAAACGCAGCUGCUCCCUCGAAGACCGCAAUCCCCAGGUCUUCCUGCAGCCCGGGGAGGUGAAGUUUGUGUUGGGUCCCGCGCCCAACUACAGGCGCAUCAGUCGGCACCACCGGGAGUGCAGGACGCACUUCUGUGCUCCCAGCAACAACAACGAGCGCGAGGAUGAGUGCCCUGCGCCCCAGUGCGUCUACGAGAACCUCAAUGGCUUGCUGCCCCCCGGCACCUCGUCCCUCUGCCGGGCCGGGCGCGUGAAGGUCCCCCACGAGGACAAGGGCUCCUCCGGCUGCUCCCAUCGGAGAGCUGCAUUGCUGCACUACGAGAACUUGCCGGCGCUGCCCCCGGUGUGGGAGUGCCAGCCGCUCCGCCGGGGCGAGGAGGACGCUGGGGACGCCCUGACGCCUUCUCCCGACGGCUGUCCCGAGGCUGGAGAAGAGGAUCCUCUGCAGAACUACGUGAACUCAGAGAGCACCGCGCUGCACGGGGGCAGCAGCCUUCGGCGCGGCGCCUUCCUGCCCAAACCCCAGCGCGGCUGCGUGCCCAGCGUCUUCAGCUUUGACUUCCCCCGGCCCCGGCUGGAGCAGCCGCGGCAGCUCAACUACAUCCAGGUGGAGCUGGAGGCUGAGCCUCACAAGGGCCGUCCCAACACCCCGGCCUCCCGCGCCCGCCCGGCUGCCUCCCACGAAGCGCCCCGGACGGAUUCCUACGCGGUGAUUGACCUCAAAAAGACAGCAGCCAUGUCCAAUCUGCAGCGGGCCCGGCCCAGGGACGAUGGGACCUCACGGAAAACUCGACACAACAGCACCGACCUGCCUCUGUAAGGGCACCCGGUGCGAGCACUGCGCUGUGCUUUGGUACCCACCCUUCAGCGUGUUGCCCGGUGUGGCUUCCAUCCACCAUUGCCUUCUGCUUCCCCGUUUGCCCCAUUGCCUGGUGUUAUGGGAUGGCUCUUACAGCUGGUGUUCACGCUGCUCUAUCUGUCUGUCUUGCCCUCUCCAUCUCCUGUGCAGUUUGUUUUAUAAAGCCUUAUGGGGUGUUUAAAGACGCCA